UAAAUAAAACAAUGUGUAAAAAAGUUUGCCUUGAGAUAACCGAGCAAGUGAUUUCUCCAAUUCAAUCAGUUAAUUUUUCCUUAGAGACCUGGAAAAGACCAUCAUACACCAGCAGUGUUUAUGUGAUUUUAAUUGGUCAAUGAUUUGAUUAAUUACAACAAAAGACUUAAUUGGCUCGCUUUUUUUUAAUUUUUUUGUGUCUAAAAUUUAGUUGUUUACAAGUUUAGAAAACAAACCAAAUAAAAUGUCACAACCGGCUCCAGUGCAUUGUUAUACAAAUCCAUCAUUUUGUCGUCAAUCAGAAUAUUUACCUGAAGAUCAUGAUGAGCUACCACCCCCUCCGCAAUUUCAAAGUAUCGAAGAUCUACCCCCGCCACCACCACCAGUUACAGUACCGAUUCCGAUACAAAAUCAUACAGAAAAUUAUAAUCAAGGACAUGCAAAUCCUGCAUUUCAAACGAAACCCGAACCUGAUAUUGAAAUCGAUCGUUAUGCCAAAACCCAGGAUCGGUAUUGUUAUUUAGAUGAAGCCCCACACAAAGAAGUGCAAGAAAGUCGUGUUGUUUACGAACGUAAUUCUCGGAAUCGGUAUGAGUACAUUGACGAUGACGAACCGCCAGUUCAGCACAAUCGCCUUCAAAGAAGAGCAUCUUUGUCGCGAUUUGAAAUUCAUAGUCAGCGGCAAAAUCAACAGUUUGUAAGACAAGGAAGUUAUCACGGUCAACAGCUGCGAGGCUACGAAGAUCUCGAUGGAAACCAAAGGGUCCGUCGUUUUCGUCACGACGGAAAUGACCGUUACGCUUUGGUGCCCGCGGACGAGGGAAAUAUUGAUAGAGACUCUUCUUGGCUAAGUGGUGGACGUUCUUCCCCUCGUGGACGAUAUGCAAGAGUGCCCAUGCAGGAAGAUGAUCCUCCAGUAUUACCUGAUCGGAAUUUGCAGAACCAACCAGAACUUAGGGAGAAUACCUUUUCAUCGAGAAAUAAUCUUGCUACGCAAAAACUUCAUGAAAUAUUGACUACUCCGAGAAAGCCAAGAUCUAAAUCAGAAGAUAGAAAUUUAUCACCGGGUAAACAUGAACGAGGUACUCCUCAACGUGGUGCACAAUACACACCACCCAUCAACACUACAUCACCAACAGGUCGAGGAGUAAUCCCAGGAUCAAGUAGGAGAGGAACUCCAAUAGGAACACCACAGCGUACAUUUUCCCCAACUAGAGUUCCACAAACAUCGACACCAAACAAAGAGACGCCUUCGGCACGCAGAUGUUUACCUUUAAAUGAACAACAGGAAAUUUGUCCAGCAAGUAAUUGCGGAAGAGCUCGCUAUUCUCAACGUCGAGAUGGGACAUCAUCGUUAGCUACAUCUCCAACAGAUUUUAAUGAGCUACCACCACGUUACGCUUUUGUUGAAUCAAACUCCGACUCUAUGCCUAUGGUUAUUGGCUCACCUAAGUACCAGGUGUUGUCAACACGUUCUGAAUCACAAUCACAACUAAAAAGGAAUGCAUAUCAAAGUGUAGAAAGUGCUUUUAUUGCACGUACAGCUGUGGUACCUCCGUUAUCACCACCUAAUAGUGAAAUGAACACAACUCAAACUAGUGGAAUAGAGAAAAAUGAAAAAAAAAGUGCACCAUUACUACUUGUUCUAGUUGGCAUCUUGACUUGUGGAUUAGCACUUUAUUUAUCUUGGACUCAAGGGAGGAAAUACUACUUAGAUAGUGCAGCAGGAUGUGGAGCUUGUUGCGCUUUGGUUGGCAUUUGUCGAAGUCUUAGGCGUGCCUGGACAGGUUUAGGACUUGCUGGUUUAUCAGCACUCAGUUGUGCUGGUUUAUUAUUACUUGCAGCAAAAGCACCACGACCAGGAACUCCACUCCAUGAUGUGACAGCUGGUGCACUGUGCGGUAUUUCAUUACUUGGAGUGUCAUUAGCUUUGAUAGCACUACUCAAGCCUAAAUGUCAUUUCGGUCGUCACCGACGUGUUCAUUCUUGGAUGCCAAGAUUUUCACCUUAAAUUAUUUUGUACUUAUUUUUUUAUCUUUUAAAUUUCAAUUGUAUUCUUUAAUGUAAUUAUAA